AUGGCUUGGUUGACAAGGCCGCGCCGCUACCGAUACAGGAAUCAGUAUCUUCUCAUGGCAUUUGUCGUGGCCGUCAUCUUGCUCUCUACCACAGAAACCUCCUUUGUCUCCAUCUUUUCAUGGCGCUCGCCCCUCUCUUUCCACUCAGAUCGCGACGUGGGAGGCUCACCUGGGGCUGCUCUACAACCCCAACCCUGCCUUUCGGUGCCACAACAUGAAGAAACAGCAGUCGCGCGACGGCCUCCUCCCGCGCAGAAACCACUUACGUCCCCAUCGAAAACGGUCAAGCCACUUGGGUGGCACAAGUACCUCCCAAAUGGAAUGCUAGAGAUGAACCCGGACGGCGCACACCCCAUUUUGGAGCUCAUCAAGAACGGCGAGGAUAAGUGGCAAAAGAAGCUGGAGAGGGCGAGUAGAACCCUCGAGGAAGCCGUGGUGGAGUAUAAGCGUAGAUAUAAACGCGCGCCUCCGAAGGGGUUUGAUGACUGGUGGAAUUAUGUACAGGAGAACAACGUCCAGCUGCCGGACGAGUAUGACUUUAUUAACCGUGACCUCGAGCCUUUCUGGGGGGUCAGCCCGCAGGACCUUCUGGAGAUCCAACAAAGGCAGGAGGAAGUCACUGACUCGUUCACUAUAGGUAAAAACCUGACACACCGUACGGACCUCGUGAAAGUGGCGUAUGAAAACCCCGAGAUGCUGGAGCAGAGGAACCUUCUCCGUGGCCUGGACGAGAUCUUGGAUUUGCUCAAGCCGAUCGAACAUCUCUUACCACCGUUCCGUGCGAUAUUCAGCCCGCAUGAUAAUCCCAACCUGUUGACUGACUACUACGUCAAGAAGGCCUUAUUGGACGCUGCGAAGGAAGGGAAAUACAUCGACCUAAAACAGCUCCCCGAAGCCAAGCACUAUGGCUUUGCCUCCGCCUGCCCAUUCGACUCGCCCGGCCGUCCGGUCCGAGACGCUCCUGUCGACCAAUUCCACCGUCCCCCACCCCGCCCUGGCAAAAGCUUCAUCCACGACCACCUUCUCUCCAUGGACCCCUGUCAAAACCCAUCGAUAUUCUACAACCACGCCCAAUACGUCGCACAUGACCUGGGGCCUAAGCCCCAACCCGUACUGGCUAUGCAGUUCGCAUACUGUUCCACUCCGCUGUUCCAUGAUUUACAGACUCCAUCGUUCAUCUCGUGGAUGGAUGAUGUGCACCCCAGGGAGAAUGACGUGGAGUGGGAAGAGAAGACGGAUGAGAGGUUACUUUGGAGGGGGAGGAAUACGGGGAUGAAUCAUGACAAGGGCACGCGAUGGAUUUAUUCUCAGCGGAUUAGGCUUGUGAGGAUAACGAAUGAGAUGAAUGGGACUGAGAGGGUUUUGAUGCCCCCUUUGGAUUCGGAUAUCACGGGGAUGGGGGAUGAAACGACGAGGAGGGUGGGUGAAGGUGUCGAUGUCAAGAAGAGUUUGCUCAACCCUGCGAUUAUGGACAUUUCAUUUACCGAUAGACCGUUGGGGUGUUGGCCGGAGGCGUAUUGUGAGUAUAUGAAGACGCUUUUCGACUUCAAGCCCGACUAUAAUGCGCACGGGAAGGACGCGGGGAAUCAUAAGUAUUUGGUUGAUGUGGACGGAAACGGCUGGUCAAGUCGCUUCAAACGUCUGAUCACGACAAACUCGCUGGUGUUCAAAGCAACAGCAUACCCGGAAUGGUGGAUCGACCGCAUCCAGCCAUGGGUGCACUACGUCCCCAUUCAAGUGGAUCACUCCGACCUAUACGACGCAUACAUCUUCUUCCGUGGGGGCUUGUAUGGCGAGGGAAACCACGACGACCUUGCUAAAAAGAUCGCGUACAAGGGGAGAGAGUGGAGUCGCACGUUUUGGAGAAAGGAGGAUAUGACCGCUUACUUCUUUCGGAUGUUUUUGGAGUAUGCGCGGCUUAUGAGUCUGGAUAGGGAGGGGAUGAUGUAUAAUGGCUGA